AUCCGCGAAUACAUAACUGAGGGGCAGCUGGUGGCGGGAGAUUCACGCAUGGUCCUGCACAUGAACGAUCAGUUUUUGGCACUUCUAUAUCGUCAGGACUUUUUAUUUCAAUAACAAUGGCACUGCAGCACAACGGCACCGCUUCCAAACUGGCCAAACACAACGGCGAAACUAGCGAUCAUCACCCCUCUACAAACGGAAAGGAAGAAGCCGAGCACGAACACGCUGAUCGGUUCACUUUCACCUCCGAACCAACACUUGAAGACAUCCGCCGCAUGCAGGCUGAGUUCACGGACGAGAGGAACUGGAACCAGUUUCACCAGCCGCGGAACCUGCUUCUGGCUCUGGUAGGAGAGGUCGGCGAGGUGUCGGAGCUAUUCCAGUGGCGUGGGGAGGUGGCGGAGGGUCUACCUGACUGGACCGAACCGGAGCGGGAGCAUCUGGCCCAGGAACUCAGCGACGUUUUGAUCUAUCUGGUUGAACUGGCCGAGAAAUGCCACGUUGAUUUACCUCGAGCUGUCCUGCGCAAAAUGGCAUUAAACCGACUCAAGUACCCAGCUAGCAAAGUUCACGGAUCAGCUAAGAAAUACACUGAAUACAAGGACUGAUGUGGAUGAUGUAUUUUAGACAAAGACGAUCGUUACUGAAUAGUUUAUAACAGAUGGAGCUGAUACCGAGUUCCUUAAAACCCCCCUAAAAUCACCGUGCUCCUAAAGGUCCUAGUUUUCUUCGUUUAAUCUACAGGUGGACACUCUACUCUGUUUUAGGUUGAUCUUUUAAAAAUCUGAAUGCAAGAAACUUGUUUGCACAUUUUCCUACUGUAAGCAGCUAAAGUUUUAUAGUUGUUUUCUUUUAUUUUCCAAAUUAUUUUACCAAAGCUGUUCUGGACAACGUUACUUUGUACUGUGUAGUGUUUUUGCAUCACAGUAAAGUGUUUUGCAACACACAUGGUCUGUUUGCAGAUAUUUACUCUGGAAACUGGAAUGUUUUUGUUAUUACAGCUAGAUACGUUGGCUCUCUAAGUGUUCAGUGUUUUGGAUGUGCAUGAACCCUUAACAGUAUAGCAUCUUAAUAUAUGGUCCCUCAAGAUGCUUCCUAUUCUGGCAGAAGAUUUGAACCUGCACUCAAGUCUCUCUCUCUCUCUAUAUAUAUAUAUAUAUAUAUAUAUAUAUAUAUAUAUAUAUAUAUAUAUAUAUAUAUAUAUAAACUGCAUGUGCGAUUAUGAUCAGGAUUGCAGUUAAACUUUAUUCUAACAAUCUGUCUUUAUUGAUUAAACUGUUUCCGCAAAGACAUGUCAUCGGUUAUGUGGUUGGUAAUAAAAAAAAAACACUUUAAA